UCUUAAAAUUUCUGAAUCGCGGCUUAAAACAAUAAUAACGUUUUCCGCAAAUUUCCUCCGUUACAAUGUUUCUUCUUCUCCAUCUUCAUCUUCUUGCAAAACCUUUUCUAGGGUUUCAAAAUUUAUCUUCUUCUUCUUCAAAGUAAUGUCUCUUAAGAUAUCCAGGUAUAUAGUUGCUGAUUACAGGAGUAGAUUGGGGUGGUGGAUUGAACAAAGUGAAGAAUUUAGGGUUUAUUUAUACCUUUUUGGGGUUUUUUAUUAGACUUGGCGACGACCAAUAUUGAGCUGGGAUGAAUAGUGUGUUCAAUGAGCAAAUACUUGCUGAUAAGCUCUCUAAGCUCAAUAACACCCAGCAGUGUAUUGAGACACUGUCACAUUGGUGUAUCUUUCACCGGACGAAAGCAGAACUUGUUGUUGCUACAUGGGAGAAGCAAUUCCAUGCUUCAGAGAAGGCGCAGAAAAUUUCGUUCUUAUAUCUAGCCAAUGAUAUACUUCAGAACAGCAAAUGGAAAGGAACUGAAUUUGUUGCUGAGUUUUGGAAGGUUCUUCCUGGGGCACUCAAGGAUGUUCAUGAGAAUGGAGAUGAUCAUGGCAAGACCGUGGUUUCCAGAUUGGUCGAAAUUUGGGAAGAAAGGAGAGUAUUUGGAUCUCGUCAGAGUCUUAAAGAUUUAAUGCUUGGAAAGGAAUCACUCCCUCCGCUAGAGUUGAACAAAAAACGCUCCCGAGCUGUUCGAAUUGUAAAAAGAGAUUCUCGUUCCAUAAGAACAAAACUGACCGUUGGAGGCACUGCUGAGAAAAUAGUAUCUGCAUUUCACUCUGUGCUGAGCGAGCAUCCUGAUGAAGACUUGCUGAUGAACAAUUGCAAGUCGGCUGUCCACCAUGUGAGAAAAAUGGAGAAAGAUGUUGAUGUUGCCUGUACAAAAGAGGGAGAUCCGCAGAGGACAACUUUAGCCAAUGAGCUACAGGAGGAAGAAAGCGUUUUGAAAGAAUGCAUUGAGAAACUAAAGUCAGUUGAAGCAACUAGAGCAGCCUUGGUAUCUCAAUUAAAAGAAGCAUUACAUGAGCAGGAGUCUGAACUGGAGAAUGUGCGCACACAACUACAGGUAGCUAUGGCCCAGUCAGAAGAAGCCUGUAACAUGCGAAAGCGGCUCAACAAUGAAACAGAUGCAUCUUCAUCAGCCGAUGCAAAUUCAAAAUCAAAGACUGCUGCAUCCAUUGCAGCUUUGGUUGCGGACAAAUUAACAGCUUCAACCUCAUCACGGCAAAUAAUGACUUCUGUUCUCUCAAGUUUUGCCGCACAGGAAGCGAAGGGUGUAGGUUCAGUAACGACAACCACUUCUAAUGGAACAAAGCCAAAUAUGGAAAAACACAUGGCUGUAAUGGACUCAAAUGUUUACAUCACUGCACAACCGCCUACCGCUCCCACAACUCCUUCCUAUCAAACAGUUGUAAUGCAUCAACCUUCACCAAUACAAAACCAAGCUUCAACGUCACAGCCUCUUUAUCACAUAAUGACAACCCAGCCUUCUCAACAGCAAUACCUUCAACCGCCUAGUGGGAUUAUGACUGGAGUGACGUAUUCUUACGGCAAUUUACAACCACAACAAGCGCCACCACAACAAGCACCUCCUCAGCCAGGUCCACCACAGCAGCAACACAUGAUGAACCUUGCAGUUGCACCAUACACACAACAGCAACCAACACAGCUAUUACAGCAACCCCCAGUGCCUCCUAGCUUUCGGCCCCUUCAACCUCCUGCAAUGUUGUACUACACUAGGCAACAUCAGCCUCAGUGAGGCAAAAGUUUUCCCAAAUGGAUUAGAGUAAUUACUAAUCAGAUUGUAACCAAUUGUUAUUUACCAAACAAAUAGUGAGAUUCUUUUGUUUAUUUUUAGCUUGAUUAUGAGUGACCCAUGGACAAUAAUUGUUAAACACAGUUUUGCAUCGACAUAGAGCAGUAAUCUGUAGUUCACUGUGCAAAGUGAGCUAAUUUGCA